AGAAAGGUCUGGAGCCCCAGUUACUAGAUGCUGUCAUUGUUCUGCCGCCAAGUCCUUAAAGAAUGGCGGAACAUGACUUAAACCACCUGCUAAGUACAAGAUUCUAGGCUGGAGAUGCAAAGGUAGCUGUCCUCAAGAGCUUUUUGUCAAACAGGUAAACUUCAGGGCAACAUGCAGAUGCUGGAAAAGGGUGGAUUUGCCUCAAGAGUCUGCAUGCUUUCUAAGAUACUGCCCUCCUUUUCAUCCUCUGAUGCGGGGAGGGAACCCUACCUGAAGAAACACCCCAAGGCCCAGGGGUAGAUCUAGGGUGGAGAGAUCACAGAUGGGAGGGCCCGGAAAGAAAAGGAACAGGGUUGUCAAUGGGCAUACCCCAAACACCUCUCCCAGAAAUGCCCUAAGGCCCCAGCCCGGAAAUGGACCUCUGCUGCCCUCUAAUGGUGGAAAGGCAGCCUCUGGCGCUACCUGCUGGGGUCCCUCCUUAAAGAAGACGGGACUUCUGCCCUCUCCCCUUUUAUUCCCCUUCUGUCUUAUGCUUCAUCUCCUGUGGUCUCUAAAGCAGAACCUUCUCUUUUUUUUUUUCUGAAAUGGAGUCUUGCUCUGUCGCUUAGGUUGGAGUACAGUGGCGUGUUAGCUCACUGCAACCUCAACCUCCCAGGCUCAAGCAAUUCUCCUGCCUCAGUCCCCUGAGUAGCUGGGAUUACAUGUGUGCGCCACAAUGCCUGGCUAAUUUUUUUGUAUUUUUAAUAGAGACAAGGUUUCACCAUAUUGGCCAGGCUGGUCUUGAACUCCUGACCUCAAGUGAUCUUCCUGCCUUGGCCUCCCAAAGUGCUGGAAUUACAAGUGUGGGCCAUGGUGCCUGGCCCCAUCUGUUCUCAAGCACUCCUGGCUGCCCCAUUUCCUGACCACUGCCCUCCAUCCCAUUAUCUCCCCAGUUUCCUUUGUUGCCUAGGUUCCAAUUCUGGUACCCUGGUUCCUGACCCUGCCAGAGUUCUGGUUCCGGAAGGCCCCCCACAGGUGCCUUGAGCCUAGCUCUCACCUGGGCCCAGGGCAACACUGAAGACAUGGGCAAGAGCAUCCCCCAAUACCUGGGGCAACUGGACAUCUGCAAAAGUGUAGUCAGCCUGGCCACAGGCGCCGGGGCGAUCUACCUGCUCUACAAGGCCAUCAAGGCCGGCAUAAAAUGCAAACCACCCCUCUGUAGCAACUCACCCAUCUGCAUCGCCCGUGAGUGUCCGGGCCCUGGGGAGAGGGCUCUGCCCCAGGAGGCACCUGCUCCCGAGGCCUCUGCUGUGGGAGGGCCCAAAGGCCUGGCAGUCGAGCGAGAGCGGCACGGGCGGGACUCAGGUGAGCUCCGGAGGCUCCUCAACUCUUUGGAGUGCAAACAGGAUGAGUACGCCAAGAGCAUGAUCCUGCACAGUAUCACUCGCUGUGUGUACUUGCUGGAGGCUGAGGCCUCUGCUUGUACUACGGAUGACAUCGUGUUGCUGGGCUACAUGCUGGAUGACAAGGACAACAGUGUCAAAACCCAAGCUCUGAAUACACUUAAAGCUUUCUCUGGCAUCAGAAAAUUCAGGCUCAAAAUCCAGGAACACUCCAUCAAAGUACUCGAACUGAUCUCCACCAUCUGGGACACGGAACUGCACAUUGCGGGCCUCAGACUCCUCAACAACCUUCCGCUGCCCGACUAUGUGCAUCCACAGCUGCGACGGGUGAUGCCUGCCUUGAUGGAGAUCCUGCAGUCAGACUACAUCCUGGCACAGGUGCAAGCCGUACGACUGCUGAGCUACCUGGCACAGAAGAAUGACCUUCUCUAUGACAUUCUCAACUGCCAGGUUCACUCCAACUUCCUAAACCUGUUCCAGCCCACACAGUCAGGGAGUCUCCUGUAUGAGGUACUGGUGUUUGCCGAGCGGCUGAGUGAGGGCCGGAACGCACCCCACUACUGCGCGGUGAAAUGGAAUUACAACGAACAGUCCCUGCAUGAAUCCCUCUUUGGGGAAGAGUCCCGACUGGCAGACCGACUACUUGCCCUGGUCAUCCACCCUGAGGAAGAUGUUCAGAUCCAGGCCUGCAAGGUCAUUGUCAGCCUGCAGUAUCCCCAGGACUUGAGAGCCCGGCCCUCCUCCUGCCAGCCCAGUCGUUCCUACUUUAAAAACACGGAAUAAAAUUAAGGAGAGCCAAUAAAUGAG